AGUUUUGAAGACGAGUUUGGAAAAUUUAUGCUUAACUUAAGUUAUCUUCGAGCAGUUUUUGGUGUACCGUUUAUGCAACCGAUUUGAAGUUGUACAAAUACAUGUGGAUCCAGUUGGGGAGCAGUUGACUAACUUUAGUAGACAGAACAUCUUUGGCACCGGGACGGGGACGCGGAUAGGCGCCACCUCGUUCAUUCUCGGCUCGUUGGCGUCUCUCGGGAGGGGUGGGAGGUGGAUGCUCUUCUUGACGUUGUGUGAUAUCUGAAGUCGGUGUCGCGAAGCACCCCGCCACUCCGCCUCCUGUCGCCGUCGGUGAAACUCCAGCAAACCGGCUAAUCGAAAUCUCAUCCAAUCGGUUCGAGAGUGGUUGCGGUUCGAAAGCCGGUUCCGGAUUCGCACGGCGCUCAAAUGGAAUGGCCACAAAUUAACCGCAGAAGCGUCCGCCGCCGUAGAGGGUGCGCGGCAGAAUCAAAGCAUCAGCCCCAAUCAUCAGCGCGACAACAGGCAGCGUCGGUGGCGUCGCGCCGUUGACGUGUUGCGCCAUCACGACGUCACCACAACAGACCAACGCGUAAGACCACGGCACUGGCCACCGGGGGCCAUAGACGACGCGUCCGAAGUCGCUCGAACAGUCUGUGCCUGAGCGCCGAUCCUGCUGCUGCUGCUGCUACUGCUGCUGAUGCUGCUUUCGUUUCGCCUCACUUGCGUACGCGCGAUCGAACUGAUCAGUCGAGCGUAACGGGCCGUAGUGAGUCGCACGCCAUACGAGACGCGGCCAGUCACAGAUAACGUAAACGAAGACGGACAAACGGACGGAAGCGGACCGUGGACGGGACGGGUGCGCUGACUGUGUUCCCUUCUUCAACUUUGGUGGCGCGUGGGCCGGCAUCGCCCAACGGAUACGGUGUUUUUUUUUCUCUCUCUCUCUCGCUCUCUUCGCUUCUCAUUUUACCUCUUCAACAUGAGCAAAGCGAUCGAUAAUGGGUGACCGCGGCCGGCCUGGGCAUCAUGACAACGAGGCCGCCAGUCCCCAGCCAGUAGUGCAGUAGUGAUCUUCCACAGUGCGACAGUGACACCACAAUGAAAUACGAUAGAUUGCGUGAUGGGCGGUACUAGAGGUGGCCCAUCGGUGGUAUCCCCAUGACAUUACCGCCCGGGGGGGUAAAAAGUGGCGAAGCGUGUGAUCCGCUGAUCGGAUAGUGAUCGUGAUCGCGUUAACGGACUCAUCUGAUUAAAUUGUACGUGUGUGUGUGUGUGUGUGUGUGUGUGAGUGACUUUUGUGAAACUCUUAAACGUGCUUAAACUGAACGAAAAAGUACCGUAUUUAAGUGCAUUAUACUCUGUAGUGACUGUUGUGGUGUGAUUUUACGGUCGGUUUUUAAACAAGGAAAAAAGGUAUAAAAAAUGGUUUCCCCUGCCAAUCGCUUCUUCAUCGUACUGCUGGUUAUGAGCAUCCGUUCCGCUGACUCCAGACACCAGGGCAUCUACACGCACCAUCUUGGCGAGGCAAGCCAGCUAGUAAUACCGCGAAAGGUAAACCAUCUCGGUGAGACCAUCACGCAUGUCUUAACACAUCAUCACGACGACGACGACGACGACGACGAUGCAUCCGAGAGCGGAGGACACUACGGUCGACGUCGUCGGCGCCGUAGCACCCUGGCGGGAGACAUUCUUCCUUCCCAUCCCCAGCAGGACCACAUCCUGCAAUACCACAUCGAUGUCGGCGAUGAAACACUCCACCUGGAACUCGAACCAUCGACGGCAUCGUUUGUAGCGCCAUUAAUGGUGGUCGAGAGGCAUCGUCGCGACGUCCGGACGCGUGUUCAUCCGCAGAAGCAUAUAAACUGUCAUUAUCAAGGCCAAAUCCGAGGUCACGACCAGUCGCGGGUGGCGCUAUCGGCCUGCAGCGGACUGGCCGGUGUUUUACGAACCAAUCAGACCGAGUACUGGAUCGAACCGUCCAAAAACCAUCAACCAGGACCGAACGGAGAGCAUCCACACGUGCUGUUCAAGCGAGCCGAUGUCAAAGAAACACCAAUCAAGAAAAACAUGAAAUCGGCAACCAACAAGAAGAGGAAACGAAAGCGCAAGAAACGUCAUCUGAGUAAUUGCGGCACCAGAGAACCUCGGCGGCUCACGGAAACACGGCUAGAAUGGCAACACCAAGGCAAGGUUCUGGUGCAAGGUGGUAGGAAGGCGCGAAACCACCACUUCCACGAUACCGACGAUGCAACCCUGCAACAACGGUAUAGUUCCAACGGUAGCGAAGCACCACGUGCUGCCAGACAAUCGCAGGACAAGCAGCAGGCACCGAGACACCGGCGCCGCAUUAAGCGAUCCAUCAGUAAACCGCGCCACGUUGAGGCGCUUGUUGUGGCCGACCAUUCGAUGGUGCUGUUCCACCAGGAUGUCGAUCUGCAGCAGUAUCUACUGAUGAUCAUGAAUAUGGUUUCGUCGCUGUACAAAGAUCCAACCAUCGGUAACUCCAUUCAGGUGGCGGUGGUGAAAAUCAUCAUUCUAGAGGAGGAAGACUCGCAUGCCGACUUCAACGUCACGCACAUGGCUGGCAACACACUCGAGAACUUUUGCCGAUGGCAGCGAAACCUGAAUCCCAAGCCGGACGAAGAUCCACACCAUCACGAUGUGGCCAUUUUAGUGACGAGGAAAAACAUCUGUUCCAACCAUGGAUGCGCGACGCUUGGUGUGGCCAACGUUGGAGGCAUGUGUCGGCCGGAUAAAUCGUGCAGUGUCAACGAGGACAACGGCAUCACCCUGGCGCACACGAUAUCGCAUGAGCUGGGCCAUAAUUUCGGAAUGUACCACGAUACGGCGAAAACCGGUUGUGAUCAUCGCAUCGGUCCGAUACUACACAUCAUGACACCGAGCUUUGAAGCGGACACUAUGCAAGUAUCCUGGUCUAACUGCAGCCGUCGGGACAUUACACACUUCCUCGAUCAGGGCCUUGGAAAAUGUCUAGAGGAUGAACCUAGUCAAGAGGAGUACGAAUAUCCGGAGCUUCCCCCGGGAGCGAUGUACAACGCAGACCUGCAGUGCCGGCUGCAGUUCAAUUCUACCGACGAGGAAAUGACCGUAUGCUCGAAGCUGGGCGAAAUUUGCACACAACUGUGGUGCCUUGUGGAUGAGGUUUGUACUACGAUGCUGAGACCGGCCGCUCCCGGUACGAACUGUGGUCGCCGGAUGUGGUGCCAGAAUCAAAAGUGCGUCGAUGUCGAAGAACUGCCAGCACCGGUUGAUGGUGGCUGGGGUGAUUGGAGUCCCUGGAGUGAAUGCUCACGGACAUGUGGGUUCGGUAUUGCAAAGCAAACCCGUGAAUGUGAUCAUCCUUCUCCUGCCCAUGGUGGAACGUUCUGCAUCGGUGAACGAGCACGGUACAAAACGUGCCACUUGCAGCCGUGCCCCAUCGGUAGUCCAAGCUUCCGAGCACAACAAUGCUCUUCGCAUGAUAACGACACGAUCAAGGGCGAACAGUACACCUGGUUACCGUACUUCGAUAAAAAUGAACCAUGUGAGCUUUAUUGUAGCAACGCGGAGGACACCAUGAUUGUGCCGUUCGGGGAUACUGCCGCUGAUGGAACGCUCUGCAAUCUCGGUACGAACGAUAUGUGCAUCGGAGGCAUCUGUCGGAGGGUUGGUUGUGAUUGGGUCGUAGAUUCCAACACGACCGAAGAUCGCUGCGGUAUUUGUGGGGGUGCUGGAGACACGUGUUACGUGAAGAAAGGAGAAAUCGCCAAAAAGCUAAACACCACCGACGGCGUGCAGGAUGUACUGAUGGUACCCUUAGGAGCGAGAAAUGUUCGGAUCGAGGAACUAGCGCCCUCGAAAAACUUUAUCGGCGUCAGUAAAGCUACCGGCAGUGAAUGCUACUUGAACUGCAACCAGUUUAUUCAACUUCCUGGCGAGUACGAAGUGGCUAGCAGCUUGUGCCUUUACGAGCGCGAGAAUGAACAAGAACGUCUGAAAAUACCGGGACCCAUCAUGGAGGAUAUUAACAUCUUCGUCGUUAUCAAAAAGAAACACAACCACGUUGGCAUACGAUUCGAGUAUACACUUCCUUCGAACAACGCGCACAAUCAAUCUAUCUACUACUGGAAGCUAACGGAAUGGUCAGUUUGCUCGGCGACCUGUGGUGGUGGGCAGCAGUACCGUGAAUCGAUUUGCUUCCACCGAGGCAAAGGUCCAGUGAACGAAGAACUAUGCGUUCGGCAUGCGUACGGCAAGCGGCACGAACGGAUUGUGCGCGAUUGUAACGAUGAUCCGUGUCCGUUCAACUGGUGGGUAGGACCAUGGCAACUGUGUCCAAUGACCUGUACUAAGACCGGUGAGCCCGGUCCUGCACGCCGAAGAUCGAUUCUCUGCGUCGAUAGUAACUCCAAUGCAAGGCCCGAUAUGUACUGCGACAAUAAACCGCGCCCACCAGACCAUGAACCAUGUGGAGACGGAUUGCCAGUCUGUCAGGACAUCAAGAGUGUCCAUGUGACCGAAUCGGCGGGUACCGUCGGGCCCGAGCAAAGCACCACUUUGCUUCCAGAACUUCCCUCACCCUCAACACUGGCUGACUAUGAAGUCAGCAACAUCAUCUGAAGCUACGAUCCGGUGGCGCAUCACGGCGCCCGAAGUAAGGCAUAUGUUAUAUUAACAUUCAUUGUACUGCUUCAUAUUGUUACAUUUGCGUGUCGGAGCCCGGUGCUUCGGGAUUAAAUUAUCAGUACAAAACAAAAACCGCUCACGAGCAACAGCGAGCCAACGAGAAUGAUGAGCUUUCCCUGAGCAGUUUGUAUGGCGGUAUAAGUGGCGGUUUAUUAUCAUGAAGUGUGUACGUGUGUUUCAGUGUGUGUGUGUAUGUAUUUUGGAUGUAUUAAACACUAUUUAAUAAAAUAAAUACUUUUUCGUUUU